AUGCACCAACCUUUGGAUGGCGACCUAAAUGGUCUCUUGAAUAGUUCUCUGUCGAAUGGCCAUGGCCAGGAUACGUGUACAACUGGCGGCGUGGAUCUGGCAUCCACGGCCGGCAGACUAACACCUGAGCCGAUGUCUCGCUCUACUGUCCCUAUCGCCAUCUGUGGAAUGGGGAUGCGAUUACCGGGCGGUAUUCGAGACGAUGAAGCCUUGUAUGACUUCCUCAUCAACAAGAAGGAUGCACGCUCCUCCACCCCCUCCAACCGAUACAAUGCCGAUGCAUACUAUAGUCCACACGGCAAACCCGGUACCAUUAUCACCAAGCAUGGUUACUUCCUUAAUGACACCGACCUUUCAAAGUUCGACCCUUCCACCUUCAGUAUCACCGCCGCCGAAGCAGCUCAAUUGGAUCCCAGCCAACGGUUAGUCCUCGAGGUGGUUCGUGAGGCAUUGGAGAGGGCGGGCGAGUCGAACUGGCGUGGGAAGAAGAUUGGGACAUACGUGGGUCUGUUCUCAGAAGACUGGCAGGAUUUGCAUCACAAGGACGUGAAUUUCUACGAUCCAUAUACCCUAAUCGGUGUACUUGACUUUGCCAUCGCCAAUCGAAUUUCCUACGAAUACGAUCUAAAAGGUCCUAGUAUUAUGGUUAAGACUGCCUGUUCGUCAGCUGGGAUAGGAUUACAUGAGGCCAUACAGGAGAUUCAGCGAGGUUCCAUUACAUCGGCAAUUGUUGCUGGUGCCAACCUGAUAAUGUCACCUGGAAUGACAGUCGCUAUGAGUGUUCAGGCGGCUCUGUCUCCUGAAGGCUCGUCCAAGUCCUUUGACGCCGAGGCAGAUGGUUAUGCUCGAGGCGAAGCCGUGACAGUGUUAUAUAUCAAGCGCCUGGACGAGGCCAUCCGAGACGGAAACCCCAUACGGGCUGUCAUCCGAGCAUCCGCCAGUAAUGCUGACGGGAAGACGGCCGGGGUUACCAAUCCAAGUGCUGAAGCUCACGAAGCAGCAAUUCGUGAAGCGUAUGCCAUCGCAGGUCUUGACCUUUCUCGGACUGCUAUGGUAGAGACACAUGGCACUGGCACGCUGACAGGCGAUCCGAUUGAGGCCAAGGCGAUUGCAAAUUGUUUUGGGAAGGAUGGGGUAUACAUGGGCGCGGUGAAACCCAACCUGGGUCAUAGCGAAGGUGCAGCGACCAUCACGAUCCCCUGGAAAGAAGCAAAGCUAGCUGUCCCGGUCGACCCCUGUCCUUGGCCUGCUGACCGUGCGGAGCGACUGAGUGUAAACUCAUACGGAAUCGGUGGCUCCAAUGUCCACUUUAUUCUCGAUUCCGCGGCCUCUUUUGGAUUGGGCGUUCCACAGCCUGCCCCACCUUCAACCAAAACGCGCAAGCAGAAGAAGACGGUCCUGGUAUUCUCUGCCGGACAUCCAGAGUCUGCGAAGGUCAUGGUGAAACGUCACCAAGAGUAUCUGUCCAAAUUCCCCGGGUUCAUAUGGGACGCCAACUCAUGGCCGAUUAUCCAGCAUUUCUGGCCAAUAUACAAUCGAUGGAUAGAAUUCUACAAGGCUUUGAGCAUGCACCUUUGUGAUGUCCUUUGUCAUUCUGAUGACAAACGCAUACUUUCACGAGCAGAGUGCGCCCAGCCAAUCUGCACUGCCCUCCAGAUCGCUCUGGUCGACCUUUUAUCAUGUUGGGGGGUCAGGCCCUCGGCAGUUGUUGGUCAUUCCAGUGGUGAGAUUGCCGCUUCCUAUGCAGCAGAGUGUCUGACAAAGGAAGAAGCGAUGGCCAUCGCUUUCUAUCGUGGAUAUGCUUGCAAGAACCCCCCAAGAAGGGGUGGAAUGGCAGCUGUUGGGUUGGGGAGAGCAGAAGUAUCUCGCUUUCUUGCCCCUGGUGUAAAUGUUGCGUGUGAAAACAGUCCGUCCAGUGUCACGUUGGCUGGAGAUCUCGACAUGCUGGAAAAGAUCAUUGACGAUAUCAAAGAGCACGACGAUGAGAUCUUCGUAAGAAAGCUACAGGUGGAAACGGCAUAUCACUCCGACCAUAUGCGCCUUAUCGGAGGGGCCUACUGCGGGCUUAUCAGAGAAAUGAUUGAUCCUCGCUCACCCAAGGUCCCAUUUUACUCUAGUGCUGAGGGAGGAAAGGUUCUUUCCAAGGCGUUUCAAUUUGGCCCUAGCUACUGGCAGCACAAUCUGGAGAAUCCUGUUCUAUUCUAUGAUGCUGUCAGGUCGAUGCUUUCUAAUUGCCCUCAGAUGGCAUUGUUGGAGGUUGGGCCACACUCCACUCUGCGUGGCGCCCUGCGCCAGAUCUCGCAGAAGAUAUCUAUUCCUGUGCAAUAUAUAUCCACUCUAUGCCGUGGUGAAAAUGAUACCGACUCGUUCCUGAAUGCGAUAGGUCAGCUUUACACAGCAGGGGUGCACAUCUGUGUUCCUACCGAUCCGGUGCACUCGGUGGUAUUGACUGACCUCCCGACAUAUCCCUGGCACUACGAGCGAGAAUAUUGGUCUGAAACAAGGGUCAUGAAGAACUGGAGGUUCCGCAAGGAUCUUCCGCAUGAUUUGCUGGGCGUGCGUACUCUUGAGGGAGCAGAUCUGUCUCCAACCUGGCGGAACGAUCUCCGCAUUGUUAACGUUCCCUGGCUAAGCGAGCACUGUUUGGGGAAUGAUAUUGUUUUUCCAGCUGCAGGAUACAUCGCGAUGGCUGGUGAGGCAGCUUUCCAGCUUAGUGAUGGUAGCAAGCGGGACUACAGUUUGAAAAGCAUGGAGCUUAAACAGGCAUUGAUACUUCAUGAGGACAAGCCUAUCGAACUUGUUACAACCCUUCGCCCCCAGCGGCUAACAGCAAGCACUAAUAGCGACUGGCUUGAGUUCCAGAUCGUGUCGUUCGACGGGGAGAAGUGGAUGGAGCACUGCUUCGGCCUAGUUCGAACAGGUCUUGCGUCUUCUCGCCCUUCCUCAUCUAAAAAUAUUCCUUUGGCGCUUCCCAGGAAAGUCUCUUCACCCCGGUGGUAUGAGACGAUGUCCCGGGUUGGACUGAAAUAUGGACCUCGGUUCAGUGGGCUACGAGAUAUCACAGCAAGCGUCACGGAGACGAAAGCAGUCGCAGCCAUGUUUGACAAUCCCGGAGAGCAAUCCGAAUCAUCAUAUGUGCUGCACCCUUCAACUCUCGAUAUGGCCUUCCAAACUUGGACAGUAGCCUCAGUGAAGGGUGAUUACCGUUCAUUCAGAGACCUUGUAAUGCCAACAUUUAUCGAGGAAAUGUAUGUGUGUGGGGGCACCAAGCAGAAAAUUCACAUCAGUGCUACAAGCAAUGGUGGCACGGUGCCCCAGGGCCAUUCAUGCGGUAUUGAUGAGAACGGAGAACUGGCCUUCCUUCUGAAAAGGUUUACUGGUUCCCGGUUGGAGCCAGACGAAACUGGCCAAGACUUGACUGCUUUAUCAUUGCAUUGGAAGCCAGCCUUCGAGUUCCUCAAUAGCGGCGACCUGACACGCCCGAUAUACGAUAUCCGAGAGCCGCUUGCUCUCCUAGAGAGGCUCUAUCUACUUUGUGCAGUGGAGUCAAACAAGGCAUUGCAGGGUGUUACGGCCACUCAACCGCAUUUCGAGCGGUAUCGAAAGUGGCUUUCGACUCAAUGCGGUCGCUUCAUCCAGCCCGGCUAUAUUCUUGUCGAUGACUCGGUGGAUUUAGUCAACAUGUCCUCGGAGAAGCGUGUCAAGCUGAUUUCGACUGUAUUCCAGCAGUGCGAGAACGCCGGCUGUGGACCAAUUGCAACUGCUAUUUGGCGGACGUACAAUCAAGUGGUCAACGUUUUCGAGGGUAACACUGACUUUCUGGAUCUGCUGAUUCAUGAUGGUACACUGUCCGCUAUAUACACUUGGAUGAAUGACGUGUGGGAUGUAAGCGAGUUCUUCCAAUUACUCGGCCACAUGCACCCACAAAUGAAGAUCUUAGAGAUUGGGGCUGGCACUGGUGGGCUCACCGGGAAGGUUCUUGAACAACUCCGGUCGGAGUUUGGAGAGCGGUUAUACCUUCAGUAUACUUUUACUGACGUGUCAUCUGGCUUCUUCCCGACUGCGAUGGAGAGAUUCAAAGAGUAUGACGCCAUUGAGUACAAAGUGCUUGAUAUUUCCAGAAACCCGUUGGAGCAGGGCUUCAACCGCGAAGAAUAUGAUCUUAUCAUAGCGUCCAACGUUCUACAUGCAACACCAUUUCUCCAUGACACGCUUGUCCAUGUUCGGAGCCUGUUAAGGCCGCAAGGCCGGCUUUUUUUGCAGGAGCUGUCUCCGAUGAUAAACGGCAUUGGUUAUAUUAUGGGCCUCUUUUCCGGCUGGUGGCUCGGCGAAGCUGACGGUCGUAUUGAUUAUCCUUUCAUUUCCCCCGAGCAAUGGGAUACAAGGCUACGCGCUGCAGGUUUCGGUGGAUGUGAGACGGUGACGUUUGACAACGAGCGGCCUUAUCAAGUCAAUGCGAAUAUCAUUGCAAGGCCAGCAGUCCAUUUUGAAUACCCAACAACCAUCACGCUUCUGUCAGGACCGGCUCGAAUUCACCCGUUGUCACUUCGGGUAGAGGCACUAUUACGAAGCCGUGGCUACCAGACUCAGCACUGCCAGUGGGGACAGAAAGAGCAACCCCCUGCUGGACAGGAUGUCAUUUCAUUCGUCGACCUAGAACAACCUUUCCUAAAGGAACCGAUCGAAGCCGACUGGAAUCGGUUCCUUCAGCUAAUCCAGUCCUUGGACCAGGCCGCGGUAGUCUGGCUUACAUCUCUGGCGCAAGUUAAAUCGAAGGAUCCUCAUGCAGCCCUGAUUCUUGGAAUGGCUCGAACAAUUCGUUCAGAGCUUGCCAUACCGCUGGCCACCCUCGAACUUGAACAUCAUGACUCCGCUGGCGCAGCUGAUGCAGUAGUAAACGUGACCAAACAUGUCCAGAAAACCAAAGACGAUACGAGCGAUCUCGACCCAGAUAUGGAGUUCUCCUGGAUCAGCGGCGAAGUGCAUGUUGGACGGUUCCACUGGUUCGCAGUAGAAACGGCAUUGAAAGAGGAAGCGCCCCCAGCCGAUACUAAAGCCUUGGCGAUUGGCAAACGAGGCUUGUUGCAGUCUCUGCAUUGGUGUGGACGACAGCUGCCGGAGCUCCCAGCCGAUCAAGUCCAGAUCGAAAUGAAAGCGGUCGGCCUGAACUUCAAGGAUGUCCUCGUUGCUAUCGGUAUCGUCGAUAGCGGCUCGGGUGACGCCGUUCUGGGCGUCGAGGGUGCCGGAUAUGUCAGGAAGGUUGGCGCGGGCGUCAACCACAUUCGAGUUGGAGACCGAGUGAUGACCCUUGGAGCUGACUCAACUGGUUUGGCAACACAGGUUCAACGAUAUGGCAGCUGUGUCGUGCCCAUACCUAGCCAUCUCAGCUUCGAAGACGCUGCAACUAUGCCCGCAGUGUAUACCACGGUUCUACUGAGUCUGGUUGACAAAGCGCGUCUCGAAAAGGGGCAGUCUAUCUUGAUCCACUCAGCUGCAGGUGGAGUAGGGAUCGCAGCCAUUCGAGUUGCCCGUUGGAUCGGGGCAAACAUCUACUGCACGGUUGGCUCAGAGAAAAAAGCAACUUUCUUAGUGGAAGAACUGGGCAUCCCACGCGAUCGAAUUUUCCAUUCUCGAGACAUUAGUUUCCGAGACAACCUAAUGGAUGCCACCAAUGGGGCCGGUGUUGACUGCGUGCUCAACUCACUCGCUGGUGAGUUGCUGCACGCCUCGUGGGAGUGCGUAGCGUCAUCGGGUUGCUUGGUCGAAAUCGGGAAACGCGACAUGAUCGGCCGGGGCCAGUUGGCUCUCGAUAAGUUCGAAGACAACCGCACAUAUAUGGGAAUCGACCUUACCAAGUAUGUUGCGAUCAACAAACCUGGUACCGCGAGGUUGAUGCGGCUGAUGGUCGAGCUUUGUUCUGAGGGUCACAUCACGCCGAUCCAUCCGAUCACUUCCUUUGCUGUAGAUGAAGUCGAAGAGGCCUUCCGGUACAUGCAGCAAGGAAUCCAUAUUGGAAAGGUGGUGAUCAAGUUGCCUGACACCGAGACCUCACUCCCCUGGACUCCUGAAACGCCUACGCCGUCCUUCCGACACGAUCGAGCCUAUCUCCUAGUGGGCGGGAUGGGAGGCCUAGGACAAGCUAUCGCUAGGUGGAUGACAACCCACGGCGCCAAGCAUAUUAUCUUCCUAUCGCGCUCAGCGGGCACAUCCGAGGAAGAUAGAUCCUUCAUUCAAGAGCUCAACCUUAUGGGCUGUAAGGUGCAGGCCUGGGCAGGCGACGUCAGUGAUCCCGCCGUAGUGAAAAACGCAAUCGACGAGGCGCCAAUGCCCAUUGCUGGCGUCAUGCAAAUGGCCAUGGUGCUUCAUGACGUCGGAGCCCUUGACAUGGAUCUCGAAGCGUAUCAAAAAGUCAUCCGACCCAGGGUGAAAGGGACCUGGAAUAUCCACAACGCGCUACCAAACGAGGAACUCGAGUUUUUCGUGUUGUUCUCGUCUGCUUGUGGCAUGGUGGGAUACUAUGGGCAGGCCAAUUAUGCCGCGUCGAACACCUUCCUCGAUGCCUUCGCUCAAUAUAGACAUAACCUUGGGCUGCCAGCGUCAGUCAUGGAUAUCGGGGCCGUCAACGAUGUUGGGUACAUUAGUCGCACCCCAGCAGCCAAAGAUGGUAUGCUCGCAAGCGCAGGGCAUUUGAUCACCGAGCAGGAGUUCCUUGAUACUCUCCAGCUUACCAUCGCCCGAUCAUCCAAGCCGCCAAGUUCUUCUCCCGCCCGACCGAAGGCACCUGGCAGCCGGGGGAUUCAUUUCAACAACCCAAGCCAGGUUGUUCAAACCCUGGAAUGCAGACUGCCCAUUAUGCACCCUGAGAACAACAUCAUCUGGAAGCGCGAUCCUCGGAUGGCUAUCUAUCGAAAUAUCGAGACGGUCUCCGUGCAGUCUCAGUCAACGAGCAGCGGCCUCAAGUCAUUCCUCCUGGACGUCAAUGCAGACCCAAGUCUUCUCAGCCAGCCGUCGGCAGCAGAGUUCCUUGCCGGACAAAUCAGGGACCGCGUGGCCACAUUCUUAAUGCGGAGAGAGGAUGACGAGCCAUUGGACCUCGGGCUAUCGCUUUCGGAGUCAGGCGUCGAUUCGCUAGUGGCAAUUGAAGUGCGAAAUUGGUGGAAGCAGAGCCUUGGGGUGGAGGUAUCAGUGUUGGAGUUGAAGGACAGUGGAUCUAUGUUGCGGCUGGGAGGGUUGGCGGCUAAGAGAUUGAGGGAGAAAAUGGCCGAUAAACCAUUAUGA